AUGACGGCGCUCCGAAUUUCAACCUCAACCUUGUCGCGCAAGGCGCUCAGUGCCUGCCGGCCUCGACUGUUCCUUGCAGUGCGCGCCAGCGCGCGCCCUUCGCAACCCUUCAGUACCAGCACUUGCACAAGAUACUCCACAACCACGCCAUUACGGUCUCUCACCCCUAAGAUCGAGCGCGGUGGUUCAAAGCUCUUCAAAGAUGCCGACGCCGCCGUCGCAGACAUCAAGAGCGGAUCGACAAUUCUGAGCUCCGGGUUCGGUCUUUGCGGGGUUGCAGAAACUCUGAUAAAUGCUAUGCAGCGUCGAGGCGCCGAUAAAUUACAUUCUCUGACGGCUGUCUCGAACAAUGCCGGCGUUGCGGGCAAGGGAGGCCUUGCGAUACUCUCGCAAAACGGUCAGGUCAGCCGGUUGAUCCUGUCAUACCUGGGGAACAACAAAGUGUUGGAGAAGAAAUACUUGACGGGACAAAUUGCUAUUGAGCUUUGUCCUCAAGGUACUUUGGCGGAGCGCCUUCGUGCUGGAGGUGCCGGGAUCCCGGCUUUCUUUACGCCAACGGGAGCACACACGUUUAUUCAGGAAGGAAAGAUCCCCGUUCGUAUGGACGAAUCUGGGAAAGUUCUGGAGACUGGCAAGCCGCGCGAGACUCGGGAGUUCAAUGGCAAGACAUACCUGAUGGAAGAGGCUUUGACUGGCGAUGUAGCCAUCCUCAGAGCCUGGAAAGCCGACGAGGCUGGUAAUUGCGUUUUUCGAUACACUACUAAGGCGUUUGGCCCUAUCAUGGCCAAGGCCGCGACUUUGACUAUUGUAGAGGCUGAGAACAUAGUCCCAGUUGGCUCCAUCGAUCCUAAUGAUGUCGACCUACCGGGAAUCUUCGUGGAUCGGAUAGUGCCGGCCACUGACGAGAAGCACGUUGAAAUCAAGAAAUUGCGAUCAAGUGAGAGCACUGCAACUGGAACAGCUGGAGACCCAGCACAGAUUCAACGGGAGCGUAUUGGUCGUCGUGCUGCUAAAGAGCUCAAGCCGGGAUUCUAUGUCAACCUGGGUGUUGGUAUUCCCACGUUGGCACCCUCCUUCUUGCCGAAGGAUGUCAAAGUCUGGAUUCAAUCAGAGAAUGGAAUUCUCGGAAUGGGUGAUUAUCCCACUGAGCAAGAGUUGGAUCCCGAUGUCAUCAAUGCCGGUAAAGAGACCGUUACUCUGGUUCCUGGAGCUGCCACAUUUGACAGUACCGAGUCUUUUGGUAUGAUUCGCGGAGGUCACGUAGAUGUGUCCAUCCUGGGCGCUCUGCAAGUGAGUGCCAACGGUGAUCUAGCCAACUAUAUGAUCCCUGGUAAGGUGUUCAAGGGCAUGGGCGGAGCAAUGGAUUUGAUCUCGAACCCGGACAAGACCAAGAUCGUUGUCGCUACUAGUCAUGUGGCAAAGGAUGGAUCGCCCAAGAUCGUCGCACAAUGCAGCCUACCGUUGACAGGCGCUAAUGUUGUCAGCACCAUCAUCACAGACCUAUGUGUCUUUCAGGUAGAUCGAGCUACUGGAGGGCUCACGCUGACGGAGCUCGCUCCCGGUGUUGAGGUGGAGGAGGUGCAGAGCAAGACGGAUGCCAAGUUCACUAUUGCUGAUACCUUGGAGAUUAUGGAGUAG